AUGAAAUCGUCGGUGGACAUCACCUGGGUCAUUGGUGACGCAAUGAUCUGGAGCAAUGUCGAACCGUGCAUUGGCAUCGUCAGUGCCUGCCUGCCAACCCUGCGGCCUCUGCUGCGACACAUUCCAGCGCUGCGAGGGCUGACUGGCUCGUCCCAGAAGAUUCGAGGCAAUGACUCGACGAGUCCCACUGCUGGGGGGAGCAUGACGGCAUCCGCAAAUCGGUCAGCGUACCGGUCUGGACCGUCGAAAAGGGGCCAUUUCCGGCCCGGGGAAGACGAGAUUUUGCUCACGACUGACGUAGGGGGAGAAAGGCGCGACGAGACCGCCAGCGCAAAAACCAGCGGGUCACAAGAGACGGUUGCGAUGCAGAUUCGGGUCAAUCACAAGUUCGACUGGAGCGAGUCGAGCCAGUGA